CUGUGCUAUGUAGUGGAAACCGCCUUGUCUUUCAAAACGCGUGUUUUGCUUUGCACCCUGGGAUUGAUCCUCAAAACCAUGGCGUCCCGUGUCCUAGCGCAGUGUGUCCGCCAGCUCCCCCGGUCUUCCGUGAGACUCUCGUCGGGUAACAUUGCAGUGAGAACCGCAGCUGUCCCGGUCCUAUUCAACCCCCGACCGUUGUCCUUCAUUGCCAGCAGUCAGCGGACCCGGUGGAUCGAACAAACACGGAUCUCCAGCUCAGUGGGAGUGUUCUGUAGACAGUAUGGAGACAUGCCUCCCCUCACCAUUGAAAGCAUUAAAGAACGAGUCAUGUACGUCCUCAAGCUCUACGACAAGAUCAACCCAGAGAAGCUGGCGACGUCGUCCCACUUCCUGAAGGACCUGGGGUUAGACAGCUUGGACCAGGUAGAGAUCAUUAUGGCCAUGGAGGAUGAGUUUGGGUUUGAGAUCCCGGAUGUGGAGGCAGAGAAGCUGAUGUCUCCUCAGGAUAUCGUCCAGUACAUCGCUGACAAGAAGGACGUGUAUGAAUAAGAAUGAACCAGGAACUACUAGCACCCCCAGAAGCCCUGAUGAUGCUGUCCGACUGGCUGGGCAGCGUCACCCCCCCCCUCCUCCGAUGUCUUGUGUUCCACUGUAUUUAAUGAACAUGUGUAUUGUCCUCCUGUGUUUGGGAGGUUGAAAAUAAACAUCACUUUUAUGGUUGGA